GUUAUACUACUCUUAUAUCGAGGGUUCCUUGGUCCGCCUACUCAAACGCGGUUCAUAAAAUGUCCGUACUGCACAGGAUGUGCCGUUGCUGACCGCGCCUUGCCAGGGUGAGCCAUUCGGCUUUUGUGGUUCAUUUCGGAAAAAAGGCGAGACACGCAGUCGAUAAUAACAAGGCAUGUGGUGUUGUACGGUGUUCGUGCGGAAGGAGGGUAGCACGGAAAGACGUUGGAAGAGUCUGAGACCGAGAUCCUGCGGUGCAAGGGGAGCAGGGGUGGUACACGUGGGGACGGCGAUGGUCAAUGAUGCGGAUCCGCGUACUUAUCGAGAGCAUCUUUGGAAUGCGUCGUCUGGUGUGGUGUCGGCAUGGAACCGAAGCUUCGGGCUCCAAGAUCCUUCGUCAGUCGCUGGUUAAACGCUGUGGCGUGGCCUGGGCGAGAACCGAGCUGGUGUUGGAAUGACUCCGGAAAGUUCCCGGCAGGCAGUUGCAUCUGGUCAGCGCCUUCAAGCACCGACACUGUGAUGGUCGUCAACCAGUGGCACAGCAACCCCAGACAAGGUUCAGCCGGCAUGGAUGAAGAUGGGCGAGGUGACGGCACAGCUGCUCAAAAGGGACGUUCCUCUCGGAGAGUUGGAGAUAAAUCGCCAGUUCAAGACGCCCCGUGGGUCCAAUCCCGCAGAUGGUCGCAACCAUAUGAGCGAGUCCAGACCCCCGGACACUCUCACCUUGGUCAGCUCGGUCACUGCUCCGGCCCAGCGUGUUCAGCGCAACUUGGCGGCUCGGGGAGGUGGCAUUCCUCCGUAUUUAACCUUGUUGAUCUUUGGGCGUCAAUCCGGGUGUUCUUCGGUGGGGCCCCGGCUGGUGGCUUGGCUGGGGAGCUGCGGCAUCGAGGGAGCCAUGCUGGGAAUGGUUUAGCAGAGGGUAAAGCCAGCGGACAUGGUCGUGGGGCGCGACGCCUCCAUCACGUCGGAUUGACGAUGCAUGUCCCGGCAUGCGAGGGAAACUGAAAAAGGCUUAGGGCGGGGACACAGGGAGCUGCCUGUGUAACCCAAGUUUUCACACCUCAGCCCGAUGAUGAACUGUAUCCGUAAGUGAAUCGCGUCAAGCCAUUCGUUAUUAGACCAGUUGGCGUACUAGUGUGUACUCAGUAGCGUUAUGGCUUGCGGUUCGGCGUGCGGGAUACCGCGGGAUCUUAGAAGUGUCUCUCAGGGUUGGCGCUGACUCGAAGCCACCCGAGGCAAACAUUCGCUCGGAAACUCUUGCCGGCGCCCAGAUGCAUCUCGAUGGCUGCCCUUUCAGGAAGGGUCGGCGACCUGCCAGGCGUUGGGUGCCCGAUAGCUGCAUGAAGAUCCCCAUCGAGGCAUCGAAGGGGCGGGGAGGGGGGGGGGGGGGGGG